AUGCCUGCAGAAAGAGAGUAUGAGAUUUGUCGAAAGGCGCUCGAGUUGCUCUCCGACUUGUGCUCCAAAGGAGAGGUGCAGGAUGACAACUGUUUGGAUUUCACCUACUAUUUCAGGGAUCUGGCCAGACCUCGUUACACGGACUCCGAUGUAUCAGUGAGCCUGUUGUCCCUGCUGGUGACCACCUGUGGCCUGGCUUUAUUCAGUGUCUCCCUAUUUGUAUCAUGGAAGCUGUGCUGGGUACCUCUGAGUGGCCGAUUUCUCCCAGAUGUCCUCAAGGGGGUACAUUUCCUGGGAGGGGACCAACAACCUGUACUAAUAGAGGGGGAUGGGGAUGAUAGGGAAUACAGUGAGGAUGGCUGUAUGAAGGAGCCAUCAGGCUUCCCCAUGGCUGUAUCUGUUCCAGAGUCAGGUCUGAAGAUCAGCCACACAUCACCUGAUAUCCCUCUGGAGACCCAGGCCAAAGUAGACCAUAUACAAGCCCACACCCUGGCCAGGGAUAGGGUGCAAAGACAAAUCACUGAACCCACAUCGUCAGUACGUCACAACUCCAUCCGACGUCAGAUGAACUUGUCCAAUCCAGACUUUAAUCCUACUCAGUUCCAGCGCCAGGAUAGUCUGACUGGUUUAGGGCGGAUCAAACCUGAGCUUUACAAGCAGCGUUCUGUGGACACAGAUGAUGGACGUAGGACGGACAACUGUGGACGUCUUCAUUUCAUCCUUAAAUUUGACUUUGAUCUAGAGCAGCUGAUAGUUAAGAUUCAUAAGGCUCAAGAUCUUCCUGCCAAGGACUUCUCUGGGACCUCGGAUCCUUAUGUCAAGAUAUACCUGCUGCCUGACCGCAAAACCAAGCACCAGACUAAGGUGCACCGAAAGACUCUUAACCCAAUAUUUGAUGAGGUCUUUCUCUUUCCAGUGGCAUACACCGAGCUGUCAAACCGAAAGCUGCACUUCAGUGUCUAUGACUUUGACAGGUUCACUCGCCAUGAUUUGAUUGGUCAAGUGGUGGUGGACAACUUCCUGGAUCUUGCCGACUUCCCACGAGAAACUAAAUUGUGCCGGGACAUCCAAUAUGUCACUUCGGAUAAUGUGGACCUUGGAGAGCUGAUGUUCUCAUUGUGCUAUCUUCCCACGGCUGGCAGGCUCACCAUCACCAUGAUCAAAGCCAGAAAUCUCAAAGCCAUGGACAUCACAGGUGCUUCAGAUCCAUAUGUAAAGGUGUCUCUGAUGUGUGAGGGCCGGAGGCUAAAGAAGAGGAAAACGUCAACCAAGCGCAACACUCUAAACCCAGUUUACAAUGAAGCCAUCGUCUUCGAUGUCCCCCCAGAAAACAUCAACCAAAUCAGUCUACUUAUAGCCGUCAUGGACUAUGAUCGGGUUGGACAUAAUGAAAUCAUCGGGGUGUGCAGGGUGGGUAAUGAGGCUGACACUCUGGGACGAGAUCACUGGAGUGAGAUGUUGACAUAUCCACGCAAGCCUGUUGCACACUGGCACCCGCUAAUAGAGUGGAUUGGACAGGGAGCAGCAGGCAAUGGAAGUCAAGGCGGAUCCAUCAAUUCUCUGAAGGCCCCACCCUCACCAUGAACACAAACACACACGCCCAAACAAAUAUAAACACACGCACAAAUAUACCCAAAGACUCAGGUUGGUAGAAUAAUGAAGAACAGACCUGGAAAAGUAUGGCUAAGGCUUAUCCCUACUUUUUUCUUACUUCUAAAAAACAAAAACAAAAAAACUUUAAC